GUGGGAGUCAACAUUUCCUCUUUGUCCGCCUCUUUUGACUCAGUUACAUCUUCCUUCACUAAAGCCCCCGUUUUUUAAUUUUUCCAAGCUUUUUGAAUGCAAAAGGAAAAUAAAAAUAUUUUUUUUUGUAAAAAAUUGAAAGUUAACGCACAAAAAAUCAUACCCACGAUCAAGUAUUUUUGAUUUUCCUCUAAAUUUAGCGGAUCUGCUGCUAAAUUUAGAGGGAGAGGAAUUAAUUAGGGUUUUUGGGUGUGUAAGAAGAGAGACAGAGGUGGUGUUGUACAAAGGCUUAGUGAAUCUGUUAACUCUUUCAAGAUGAUGAUCUCUAGGGGAUUGUUUGGGUGGUCCCCACCGCAUAUACAGCCGUUGACGCCUGUUUCAGAGGUGUCUGAGCCGCCGGAAUCUCCGUCGCCGUAUCUUGACACAAGCGCUGAGGCUGCAGCAGCUGCGGCUGCUGCACAGGCUGAGGCGGAGGAGGAGAUGGAAGAGCCUGAGGAGAUGGAACCGCCUCCUGCUGCUGUUCCAUUCUCGCGGUUGUUUGCUUGUGCUGACCGGCUUGAUUGGGGACUUAUGAUCGUUGGUUCUAUUGCUGCUGCUGCCCAUGGCACUGCUCUCGUUGUUUACUUGCAUUACUUCGCGAAGAUUAUUGAGGUUAUGAGGAUUGGUUCAGGUCCUGAUAGACCUGAGGAGCAAUUCCAGAGGUUCAAAGAUCUAGCUUUAACCAUUGUUUAUAUAGCUGUGGGUGUUUUUGCAGCUGGUUGGAUUGAGGUAUCGUGCUGGAUUCUAACUGGAGAGCGCCAGACUGCUGUCAUCAGGUCCAACUAUGUCCAAGUAUUACUUAAUCAGGACAUGAGCUUUUUCGACACUUAUGGGAACAAUGGGGACAUUGUUAGCCAAGUAUUGAGUGAUGUGCUCCUUAUUCAAUCUGCUCUCAGUGAAAAGGUUGGAAACUAUAUCCAUAACAUGGCAACAUUUUUUAGUGGUCUUGUCAUUGGAUUUAUCAACUGCUGGCAGAUUGCACUCAUAACAUUAGCCACUGGUCCUUUCAUUGUUGCUGCUGGAGGUAUAUCGAAUAUAUUUCUUCACAGGCUUGCUGAGAGUAUUCAAGAUGCAUAUGCAGAAGCUGCCAGUGUUGCUGAACAGGCAAUCUCGUAUAUUAGGACGUUAUAUGCAUUCACAAAUGAAACUUUGGCCAAGUAUUCUUAUGCAACCUCACUACAAGCAACUCUAAGAUACGGUAUUUGGAUUAGUCUUGUGCAAGGACUUGGGCUUGGGUUUACAUAUGGGCUUGCAAUAUGUUCUUGUGCCUUACAACUGUGGGUUGGAAGGCUUCUGGUUACACAUAACAAAGCUCAUGGUGGUGAAAUAAUAACAGCUCUGUUUGCUGUAAUUUUGAGUGGCCUUGGGCUGAAUCAAGCAGCAACAAACUUCUAUUCAUUUGACCAGGGACGGAUUGCUGCUUAUAGACUUUAUGAGAUGAUAAGCCGAUCUUCCUCUACUGUAAAUCAAGAUGGCAACACCUUGGUGUCAGUGCAAGGAAAUAUUGAAUUUCGCAAUGUAUAUUUUAGCUAUCUGUCUCGUCCUGAGAUCCCCAUCUUGAGUGGAUUUUACCUCACUGUGCCUGCCAAAAAAGCUGUGGCACUUGUUGGUAGAAAUGGUUCUGGGAAAAGCAGUAUUAUCCCUCUCAUGGAGCGGUUUUAUGAUCCCACCUUAGGUGAAGUUCUUUUAGAUGGAGAGAAUAUUAAAAAUCUAAAACUUGAAUGGCUCAGAAGCCUAAUAGGGUUAGUCACUCAGGAACCUGCCUUGCUAAGUUUGAGCGUAAGAGAUAAUAUUGCUUAUGGACGAGAUGCUACACUAGAUCAGAUUGAAGAAGCUGCCAAAAUAGCACACGCGCAUACAUUCAUUAGCUCACUUGAGAGAGGCUAUGAGACACAGGUGGGUAGAGCUGGUUUAGCGUUGACUGAGGAACAAAAAAUUAAACUAUCUAUUGCUAGAGCAGUGCUUUUGAAUCCAACCAUUCUUCUACUUGAUGAAGUUACUGGUGGACUUGAUUUUGAAGCUGAGAGAGCAGUUCAGGAGGCUCUAGAUCUCCUCAUGUUGGGACGGUCAACAAUAAUAAUAGCUCGACGUCUUAGUCUUAUUAGGAAUGCUGAUUAUAUUGCUGUUAUGGAGGAAGGUCAGCUUGUUGAAAUGGGUACACAUGAUGAAUUAUUAAACCUUGACGGUCUAUAUGCUGAGCUUCUCAAAUGUGAAGAAGCGGCAAAACUUCCAAGGAGGAUGCCAGCUAGAAACUACAUGGGGACUGCUACUUUCCAAAUUGAAAAGGAUUCUUCAGCUAGUCACAGCUUCCAAGAACCCUCCUCUCCUAAAAUGAUGAAAUCACCCUCUCUUCAGAGAGUUCCUGGUAUAUUACGGCCUCCAGAUGGCACCUUUAACUCGCAAGAAUCACCACAAGCUCGGAGUCCACCUCCGGAGAAAAUGAUGGAAAAUGGUCUUCCCUUGGAUGGAACUGAAAAGGAACCAUCAAUAAAGAGACAGGAUAGUUUUGAAAUGCGACUACCAGAGUUACCCAAGAUUGAUGUCCACUCUGCACAUCGACUAACAUCAAAUGGUUCAGAUCCUGAAUCACCUGUAUCACCCCUUUUGACAUCAGAUCCUAAAAAUGAACGUUCCCACUCACAAACUUUUAGUCGACCCCAUAGUCACUCUGAUGAUGUUCCUACUAAAUUCAAGGGUGCAAAGGACACAAAGCAUUUGGAAGCACCAUCUUUUUGGAGAUUAGCAGAACUUAGUUUUGCAGAGUGGCUCUAUGCUGUUUUAGGAAGCAUUGGUGCUGCUAUUUUUGGUUCUUUUAAUCCACUCCUUGCUUAUGUUAUUGCGCUGAUAGUGACUGCUUAUUAUAGACCUGGACAUCAUCACUUGCGGCAGGAUGUUGACAAGUGGUGCUUGAUCAUUGCCUGUAUGGGUAUAGUGACGGUGGUUGCAAAUUUCUUGCAGCACUUCUAUUUUGGUAUUAUGGGUGAAAAAAUGACUGAACGGGUUAGGAGGAUGAUGUUCUCAGCAAUGCUCCGCAAUGAAGUUGGAUGGUUUGAUGAAGAGGAGAAUAGUGCUGACACGUUGUCCAUGCGGUUGGCAAAUGAUGCCACAUUUGUGCGAGCUGCAUUCAGUAACCGACUUUCAAUAUUUAUACAGGAUAGUGCUGCUGUUCUUGUGGCUGUUGUCAUUGGGAUGUUGCUUCAGUGGCGAUUGGCUCUCGUGGCACUGGCAACCCUGCCAGUUCUCAUGGUUUCUGCGAUUGCCCAGAAGUUGUGGCUUGCUGGAUUUUCAAGGGGCAUACAGGAGAUGCACAGGAAGGCAUCAUUGGUUCUUGAGGAUGCUGUUAGAAACAUCUACACUGUUGUCGCAUUCUGUGCUGGUAACAAGGUAAUGGAGCUCUACAGAUUGCAAUUGAAGAAAAUAUUCAAGCAGAGUUUUCUCCAUGGAAUGGCCAUUGGUUUUGCAUUUGGCUUUUCACAGUUUCUUCUUUUUGCCUGUAAUGCCCUUCUUCUCUGGUACACUGCAUACUCUGUAAAGAAAGAGUAUAUGGAUCUGCCUACAGCUAUCAAGGAGUAUAUGGUUUUCUCAUUUGCAACAUUUGCACUAGUCGAGCCUUUUGGAUUGGCUCCAUACAUUCUUAAACGGCGGAAAUCUCUCAUUUCAGUAUUUGAAAUUAUAGAUCGAGUUCCUAAAAUUGACCCAGAUGAUAACUCAGCACUGAAGCCACCUAAUGUCUAUGGAAGCAUUGAGUUGAAGAAUGUCGAUUUCUGCUAUCCUACUCGCCCAGAAGUGUUAGUAUUGAGCAAUUUCAGCCUUAAAGUUAACGGCGGACAAACUGUAGCUGUUGUAGGAGUUUCAGGGUCUGGAAAGAGCACUAUAAUCUCUUUAAUUGAGAGAUUUUAUGAUCCAGUUGCUGGUCAGGUUUUACUAGAUGGGCGAGAUUUGAAACUAUAUAAUUUGAGAUGGUUAAGGAGUCACUUAGGUGUUGUGCAGCAGGAACCAAUUAUCUUCUCAACAACGAUUAGAGAAAACAUUAUAUAUGCUAGGCAUAAUGCUAGUGAAGCUGAGGUGAAAGAGGCUGCAAGAAUAGCAAAUGCUCACCACUUCAUCAGCAGCCUUCCUCAUGGUUAUGACACACAUGUAGGAAUGAGGGGUGUAGACCUGACACCAGGACAGAAGCAGAGAAUUGCAAUUGCUCGAGUUGUUCUCAAGAAUGCGCCCAUCUUGUUAUUGGAUGAAGCUAGCUCAUCCAUUGAAUCUGAAUCUAGUAGGGUGGUUCAAGAAGCACUUGAUACACUGAUCAUGGGAAACAAAACAACCAUUUUGAUAGCUCAUAGAGCUGCAAUGAUGAGGCAUGUGGACAAUAUUGUAGUUCUAAAUGGAGGACGGAUUGUUGAGGAAGGAACCCAUGAUUCUUUGAUGGCAAAGAAUGGAUUGUAUGUCAGGUUGAUGCAACCUCACUUUGGAAAGGGUUUGCGACAGCAUCGACUUGUUUAGGUUUGAUUUUGACAAAUUGGAUUUAAUUCCUUUGUAUAGCUCUUAUUGGUCACUUAAAAUUGCUGGAAAUGUUGAUCACUGUCAGCAUCAAUAGAAUUAUUUCCAGAGUGGGCAAGUGUGAAUGAGAAUGACAUGCUUUCCAGAGUGCGCAAGGGCUAACCAGAAUGAUGAGGCUUGUAACAAUUUUUGUAUGGUUUGGAUGGGUGGGUUGCAGGGCAAUGGCGAUGGCAAAGGCGAUGGUUAAUAGUGUUAGGAUUUAGAAAUAGGGAUUUUGGAGCUUGGUUGGCCGAUGAGGACGUACGCUCAGGGCUAGACGCACAUUCUUUUUGGAGGCAAGUAAGCAUUAGUUUGUUGCUUUGUCUCCAUGGUAUAUUUAUUUGUUCAUUAAUCAAAUAUUGGGUUUGCGAGGAGAUAAGUCUAGUCCUAAUGAGGUGUGCUGCUUGGGUUUUCUUUUUGGUUUUCCUAGAUUUUUUUUUUCUGGCUUUUUUUAAUGAAUUAAUGCAACUCUGACUAGCCUGGAUGGUGAAAUAUGUUUGAUACUGUAAAUUACAUUUGUGAAAAUUGAAGUUUAGAAGAGUGAAGGUGGGGCAUUUGUUGUAACCUUUGUAAAUAACCUCGGGGAUAAUUUAUAAGUUUUUACUUUUUACCGGCUUAAUUAAGUAGUUCUCAUUGUUUUUUCUCCA